UGCACUGUUCUCUUGCAAGACUGGGUAAGGCUGAUAGACAGUUGCCGUAUGAAGAUUAUUAGGCGAAACAAAUAGCUGAUAUAUUCAAAUCUACGCAACGUUUCAUCGUGGCAGUGCAUUUGGGUAACUCCUGACAGCCAUUUGCAAGUUUCAGUGCAAAGGAGCUGAGAGAAGGUCCUAUUCCAGAGGCAACAAGAGAAGCACAGGUGAUUGUCAAAGGCACUGGAUGGAUAGCGUGGAGGCUGAAACCCUGUACCUGUCCGCGGAGCAGCAUGGGCAGCAUGAGUGCGAGCUGCCCCUCUCUGCCCUGGAGGCUGCCGCCUCGGGCGGAUCAAAGAAGAUGAACGGAACCCUGGACCAUCCGGACCAGCCGGACAUCGACGCCAUAAAGAUGUUUGUGGGGCAGAUCCCGCGCUCCUGGUCAGAGGACCAGCUGAGGGAGCUUUUCGAGCCGUACGGCGCAGUCUACGAGAUCAACGUGCUCCGCGACCGCAGCCAGAACCCCCCGCAGAGCAAAGGUUGUUGUUUCAUCACAUAUUACACACGCAAAGCUGCAUUAGAAGCACAGAACGCCCUUCACAACAUGAAGAUACUCCCAGGGAUGCAUCACCCCAUCCAGAUGAAGCCCGCUGACAGCGAGAAGAACAACGCCGUAGAGGACAGGAAGUUAUUCAUCGGCAUGAUCUCAAAGAAGUGCAACGAAAACGAUAUCCGGCUCAUGUUCUCGCCCUACGGACAGAUCGAAGAGUGUCGGAUACUGCGAGGACCUGAUGGCUUGAGCCGCGGCUGUGCCUUCGUCACCUUCACAGCAAGACAGAUGGCCCAGUCAGCCAUCAAGUCAAUGCACCAGUCCCAAACCAUGGAGGGUUGCUCCUCCCCGAUCGUGGUGAAGUUUGCCGACACGCAGAAGGAUAAGGAGCAGAAGCGCAUGGCGCAGCAGCUCCAACAGCAGAUGCAGCAGCUCAAUGCCGCCUCCAUGUGGGGCAACCUGGCUGGACUCAACUCGCUGGGCCCCCAGUACCUCGCACUUUAUUUGCAGCUCCUGCAGCAGUCUGCCUCCUCUGGGAAUGCACUCAACAACCUGCACCCCAUGUCAGGUCUGAGUGCCAUGCAGAAUCUGGCAGCGCUGGCAGCAGCAGCGAGUGGCACACAGGCCACGCCCACAGGAAGCAGUGCGCUGACCACGUCCAGCAGUCCCCUCAGUGUGCUCACCAGCUCAGCGGGUUCCUCCCCCACCUCCAGCACUAACUCCUCUAUGAAUCCCAUGGCUUCUCUUGGAGCCCUGCAGUCUCUGGCCGCAGGUGCUGGGGCUGGCCUUAACAUGGGCUCUCUUGCAGCAGGCAUGGCAGCGCUGAACGGAGGUCUGGGCAGCGGAGGUCUGGGCAGCGGAGGUCUGGGCAGUGGAGGUCUGUCAAACGGCUCGGCCAGCACCAUGGAGGCCCUGACCCAGGCAGCCUACUCGGGCAUCCAGCAGUACGCGGCUGCCGCCCUGCCCAGCCUCUACAACCAGAGCCUGCUCUCCCAGCAGAGCAUGGGCGCUGCCGGCAGCCAGAAGGAAGCAAGCGGCAAUCAGAGCACCGGUCCUGAAGGAGCCAACCUGUUCAUAUACCACCUGCCCCAGGAAUUUGGCGACCAGGAUCUCCUGCAGAUGUUCAUGCCCUUUGGAAACGUCAUCUCGGCCAAGGUCUUCAUUGACAAACAGACCAACCUCAGCAAGUGUUUCGGCUUCGUGAGUUAUGACAAUCCUGUGUCGUCACAGGCGGCCAUCCAGUCCAUGAACGGCUUUCAGAUUGGCAUGAAGCGGCUUAAGGUCCAGCUCAAGCGAUCCAAAAACGACAGCAAGCCAUACUGAGCUUUGCCCUCUAAUGGACUUGGUUAGGAAUGUUGUUUUCUGAUCUCUCCGUGCCCGUCUGUUCAUCACUUGCCUAGCAUGUCGAUGUGACGUCAAAAGUUCAUCGUCCAGUCCGUUGUCCUCUGCGCUUCUCUGACGCUUGAAAUUUCACCUUUGACCCCUUUUUUGUUUAACUUUUGACGCUUAUUAAUUAUAAUAGUUUUUUGUUUGUGGAUUUUGUGUGUUCAUCUAUGUUGUUGUUUGUGCUGCCAAGGUGCAUUAGAAAGACUGCUAACUCUAUUAAAAAAUGUAUAAAGUUACAUGAGUAUUGUUACGAGCAAAAAAAAAAAAAAAUCUAUUUUUCUAGAACUUCCGAACAUAACCACUAAAUUUUGCAAAAGCGUUUUAUUUUCAUUUUGUCACUUUGAAUUGCCUUUUUUGCUUCCAUUUUCUCCUUUUAGUCCUCAUUUCCAAGCAGUCUUUCCAGUGCCCUGUUUUUUUUAGUUUCUGUGGUGUCUAAAAGCAGCCAAUCAAUUUAUAGAAUCACCUUUGUGUGCGUGAGUUUUGUAUGGGUAUUUUUUCCUCUAUCUCUCGUUUGUUCUCAAAGAAAAACGUUUUUAGGAUGUCUUUUGGUCACAUUUUGCUGAUUCUGAGGGUGAUGUUGUAAUUUUGUGCUAGGUUAGUUGGCAUGGUGUACUUUGGGAGUUUCCUAUUAACAAGAGUGGGAUCUACACUACACACGUGAAUUUGCCUUUCUUCUUUCCUUUCGUGUGUCGAGCCAUCACAGGCACAUAAUGUUCUUCAUUUCCUGCCGUGUGAGGCUCAGCAUUAGGUUGAAAGCACAGAACACAGCAGAGUUUUGAGUUCUUCGUCACUGUUAGUGGAGUAUAUACGGUAUAUCUAGCCUGCAUGUUUUUUUUUUUCUGUAACUGCACUGAAAACCUCAGUAUAAUGUGAUUUUUAGUUUAUUAUCUUUUUUUUUUCUUUCCAAAAUCGAAAAACAAAUAAACUAGUGCCAAAAGUUUUGCAUGUUCCUGUUGGUCACAUUUUUCCUCUGUCGUCACCUGAGAAGUUCCACUGGGCAAGAGAUUACAGUGAGUUUUACUGAUGUGAUGUGACCGAUCUAAACAGGCAGGCAAUUCCACCCUGCGUGCGCGCGUGUGCCUGGGUGUGUGUGAGUGUGUGUUUAGACUCUUGUCCAACUCUCACCCAAAACCACCACCAACCCCAUAGAGAGGAGUGUGUUUUUAGUUUUGUUUUGUGCUGUGACUAUUGAAGUGAAGUAUUUGUAUCCUUAUUAAGGUGUGUUCAUAUUUUUUUUUCUUUUCUCUAAAAGAUGUGCCUGUGGAGUCUCUCGACCAAAACACACUACUAAUAAUAGAACCAUUUCACCAACGCACGUCCUUAUAUCACGUCUGCAACCAGUUUACAAUUUACUUUCCCAGGAUUCACUUGAUUGCCUUCUAUAUUACCGAUAUGAGAUUUCAGUUCAGAUCAGAUGUAUGUAUCAGUUUCUUUUCAAUUGAGACUAAAAUCAUGUCAUAGCUGGUUUAACUGCCACCUUUUUUUAAAGUCAUGCUAUUUGCAAAAAUCAGCCAAUCACGCAAGUCUCCAACCUCCCAGUAGCAUAAACACAUUCCCAUGUCCCUGUUAGUAGUCAGUGGUCUAGUGUCUGUAUCCAGAGUUGACACUGAUGCAGUUGUCAUCUCAACACGAGCAUUCACAGCAUCACAUCACCGCUCAUUGACAAUUCCACAGCCACUCUUUUUUUAUUAUUAUUUUUUGUUUGCUUCUAUCCAUGUCAUUUCAUGACUGUUGUGUUCUGAAACUGGCAUAUUUGGUUUCUUUCUCUUUCUCCUUUUUCUUUUGGACAUCCCACAGCUCAACAAACCUUCUCAUAGAUGUGUAAGACUAGAGUUGCACGUGUGUAACAGUGAUGGCAAGCAUUUGUUGUACUGAUAAUUGGAUUUUAGAUCUUUUCAGUUUAUUUUCAGGUUUUCCUGAUACUUUUUCUGACUAUAAAUAACCUGUGGGAUUUUUUUAUCAUUACUAUUACUGGUACAAAGUGAUUGUAUUUAACGCUAGAAUUUGUACAGUUUUUGCCUUUUCUACUAGGACAAUGUUUCAAAAUGUGAAAUUUAAAUUCAGUUUAGUGAAGCCAUGUAGAUCUUGCCACCAUGACCAAACUUACGUCUGUACCAUAGAUGAGCAAAAAGCUUUACUUAAAAAAAAUAUCAAAUUCUGUUAAAUUCAAUUACAAUCUAGUGUCUUUGUUGUUUUUAAGUUGUGUGAUUUUGAUGUGACGAAUAGAGAAGAAUGAAUUCAUUAGUUGGCCAACAAAACCAUUUGCUUUUUAAUGUUUUCUGUUGAGACUUUUUUAUUUUGAAUGGGAUGAGACAGUUAUCAAGAUUUCACAUGGAUGUCUCCACAGGAAUACAGCUGAGUGCACACCCAACAAAGCAGUACUUUUGUAAACCAAGUGUGUGAUUCCUUUUUGGUCAGUUUGUUUAUGUACUAUUAAACUGUUUGAGAAAAUCCA